AGAGACACACAGAGAGGAGAAGAGAGACACACAGAGAGGAGAAGAGAGAGACACGGAGGCUUGGAGAUACAGACAGACUGAGGGGAGAGACUGCAGCCAUCUCUGACAUCGCUUAGCGCCACGCUGACAAACUGACACGACAUGAGUCUUGGAGCAGCCUGCAUCUUCCUGAGAGGAGGAAAGAACAUUGAAAGACAACUGGCAGAGGAUGAAAUUGAAGAGCUGAGGGAGGCGUUCGCGGAGUUUGACAAGGACAAGGAUGGCCUGAUUAGCUGUAAGGACCUGGGGAACCUGAUGAGGACCAUGGGCUACAUGCCCACUGAGAUGGAGCUGAUCGAGCUGAGCCAGAACAUCAACAUGAACCUCGGAGGCAGGGUGGACUUCGAAGACUUUGUGGAGCUGAUGGCUCCUAAACUGUUGGCGGAGACAGCGGGCAUGAUUGGGAUGAAGGAGCUGAAGGAUGCCUUCAAGGAGUUCGACAUGGACGGGGACGGGGAGAUCACCACGGAGGAGCUCCGCUCCGCCAUGACCAAGCUGAUGGGGGAGCACAUGGCUCGGAGGGAGAUCGACGCCAUCGUCCAGGAAGCAGACAACAAUGGAGACGGAACAGUGGACUUCGAAGAAUUUGUAAGAAUGAUGUCUCGCCAGUGAAGCAUGGAGUAGGAGUAACACACACACACUCAUGCAUACACACUCAUAUAUACACACACACACACUCAUGCAUACACACUCAUAUAUACACACAACAUUCACACACUAACGCAUACACACUGACAUACAUUCACGCAAACACUGCACUAAAACACACACAAACACACACAUACACACAACUAAACUUGUAUUAUUACUGUAAUAGACGGUGAGAAGCACAAAGCACAUCUUAUUCAUGUAGAGGGCUGAUAAACUGGAUCUAUGCAAGUGUUAACAACUUUUUGAAUACAUUUUUUAAAUGUUUGUGUAAAAAUAAUAGAAAUUGAUUUAAUCUGAGCGAUAAUGUUUGAUUACAUAAUUUGUAAAUAUGGAAGGAUGACCCCCUCAGAAUGCUGUUUUUGAGAUUACAGUAAUGUGUUCAUCAAUAAAUGAUUCAGCAAGAA